AUGCCGGGACUAACAGCGAAAUUACCCCGGGUUCUGCAACUGGUCGGGUACCACCAUGUGUUGAUGAUAAUCAUCGCAGUGGCCAUCAUCCUACUAUCGUUACUACUAGCAGGAUGCUCAUCGUCCUCCCCGCAGAUCCCCGACAUCUUCCUGAUCUCCAUGUACUAUGAGCGCUACAAACCAACUUUCAACCUCGCUCAGGUAGAUCCGGGGGUAGUGACAGCAACAGCAAAUAUUGUGGGAGGAGCCGAGAUGGAAGUCCGUGUGGGUUAUUUUGGCAUCUGUGUACAGCCAGAUGCCGGAUCCUACAUUUGCAACUCGAAUGCGACAGCAUUGGCGGAGAUUGUCACAGUCGACCAAGAUCCGUUGAACCUGAUUUGGGUAGCAUCGACGUUCAAAGAUGCAGUCGUCUUCCCAUAUCUACUAAUUCUUGCCGUCAUUCUCGCUUUCUUCUGCUUCGUCAUCCUCGCCACCUUCCCUGGAUGGCAUGACGAGCUAGACCCUAGCGGUUCCGAGAUCGAAGCCAGGCCGAUUCCGUCGCGGCCUGUAUCCCAAGCAGCACUAGCCUUGACUUUUGUAGCCUCGGUCUUCGUCCUUGUGUCCGUACUAUGGCAGCACACCGCAUCCGUAGCCGCCAGCACGAUAGUUCAGGAUCUGGGCAACGGAAGUGUCAAGAGUGGCGUGGGUACAUCUGCCAUGGUUCUCGGCUGGUUUGGAUUUGGACUUCUGGUGGUCGUGACGAUAGGACUGCUAGUGAUGAUCCUGAGCGUCAAACUGAUCCAGCAGUUGACGGACUAG